AUGGUACUUAGCGGGGCAGAGAAAGGCCGAGUGGAAAGGGUGGGUGCGGUAGCACCGCCAGUAGAAUCGGCAGUGAAGCGGCAACGCUCUCAAGAGGAGGAAAUUCUCCGGCCGAAGAAACCGAGGACUGGGGGCGGUCCGCCGAAAUCUUUUAGCGAAGUCGCUAAGCAGGCGGGAUCCAUCACUCUGGGGGUGGUCGACAACAGCAGGGAAGAUGGCGCCAUUUCCAGGGACGAGUGGAAAGUAGUGGCAUCGGCCAUCUCUGCUGUGUUUAUGAAGGUGGUAAGGGAAAACCCUGGACCUCCACCGUGCUGUGAGAGUGCCGGGUGGCACCACGGCACCUUUAAGCGAAUUGUGUGUGCCGAUGAGCGGUCGGCCACAAUGUAUAGGGCGGCAGUAGCUCUGGUGGGGGAGGUCUGGAAGGGAGCCAAGCUGGAAGCUGUGGACAAAAAGGACCUACCUCUUCGUCCGCGCGCCCGGGUCUGGCUUCCCUCAGAACCCUCUGCUCCAGAGGAUAUGGAGGAAAUCCUCCGUUACUGUAACCCCAAACUUCCCACGCAUAACUGGAAGGUAGUCAAGGUGGAGAAGUCCGAAGGACAUUUUCGGCAAGCGCUGAUUCUGCUAAAUGCAGAGUCCCUCGGGCCUCUCGCUGAAACUAAAGGGAUCAUCACCUAUGGCUUCGAGAAGGUAGUCAUGAAGGUUUACCAGACCGAUGCCAGAGGUGAUGUCUCUGCAACUCCGGUAAUGCUGGGAGGGGAUAGGCCCACGGUAGAGGAAGCUCCCGUGGAGAUGGACGUGGAAUCUGUCAUGUCGGAUGGGGGCAGUGCUGACGACGUCCGCCCUCUAGCGGGGUCAGUCUUCAGUAUCGGGCAACUGUUCGACAGGGCGGAGGAGGAGGGGCUUCUGACCUCGGAUAGUGAGGAGGCUGACCUCAGGAUGUUGGAGAAAAUUAUUGAAGAUGAAGAUUCUUCAAAUAAAUCUCCAGCACUCUAA